AUGAAAUGGAUGACAGUUUGCGUGAAAUGUGAAGAAGCAGCAAUGAGAGAAAGUAGAAAAGAAUCUCCAAGGUGUCCCGGUCACGGAGUUGAGGGACGUACAACACGAUGGGAAGCACUUUCGGCCCCCCAUUGCCGCGGGAAAUGGGUUCGCAUAGAAUCACAACUCAUCGAUUCUAAAUCGGAGGAUAACAUUAAAUGUGAACUUUGCCCUAAGGGAUCUCAGUUUAUAUUUGUUUGA